UAUAGCGACCAAGCGAGCGCGGAUUCAGAGUGUUUUGCUUUGCUUGGCCGGCCAUAAACCUCCGCUUUUGUCAGAUCUGCGAUUCUUCUUCCCUUUUCUCUUUCUGAUCGCUCACAUACUCCGACACUGUACAUUCUCUUUCAGUUCUAAACGAAGAAUCAGAAAAACCGAUUAUCUGGCAAUUCGCAAGUGCUCGCUUGUUACUGUUUCAUACUGAAGAUGAUCUCUCUUCUUCUGAUUUCGGACCAGGUUCAAGAAAGUUAGCCUUGGGGGGGUGAUUUGGAGUCAAUGAGAGGUUAGUCUCAGAACCUACGAUUUCUUCCGACCUUUGAAUCCGGACUUGCAAUGCAGAGCUCGUUGAGCUCAGUGGCUCAACCAGAGGCAAUACUGGAAUGGCUUCAAAUGGAAAUGGGGUAUAGGCCCUUGUCUCAGUAUGGCGCCUCAAGUAAAUCGCAUUUGCCAUCGGUUGAGUCGUUUCGGAAGAUUUGCCGUGGGAACAUGAUUCCGGUUUGGAAUUUCUUGAUAACACGGGUGAAGUCGGAGAAAACUGUGGAGAAUAUUCGGAGAAACAUAGCGGUUCACGGUGAUGCAGAUCAUGGUGGCAGUGUUAGCAGUUUGGUGAGUGCCGGAAAAGAAGAGGGUAGGAGUAAAGGGAGGAAAAAGGAGAAAAUAUUGGCAGAGAGUUCGAGCGCGGCGGAGACUCGAGAGGCUGCGCUGCAAGAGCGAGAUUUGGCAGAGAAAGAGGUGGAAAGGUUGAGAAAUAUUGUGAGGAGGCAGAGGAAGGAUUUGAGAGCUAGGAUGCUGGAGGUUUCAAGGGAGGAGGCUGAGCGGAAGAGAAUGCUUGAUGAGCGGGCGAAUUACAGGCACAAGCAAGUUAUGUUGGAGGCAUAUGAUAGACAGUGUGAUGAAGCGGCAAAAAUAUUUGCUGAAUAUCAUAAACGUCUUUGUCACUUUGUAAAUCAAGCAAGGGAUGCUCAAAGGUCAGGUGUUGAUUCUUCUAUUGAAACGGUCAAUAGUUUUAGUACCAAAAGUGAAAAGGAAGCUGUUUAUUCUACUGUUAAGAGUGGUAAAUCUUCGGAUGACGUCAUUCUUAUUGAAACUACAAGGGAAAGGACUAUUAGAAAGGCUUGUGAAUCUCUUGCCUCUUACAUGAUUGAAAAAAUAAGGAACACUUUUCCUGCUUAUGAAGGUUGUGGCAUUCACAUGAAUCCUCAAUCAGAAGCAGCUAAGUUGGGAUUUGAUUUUGAUGGAGAAAUUUCAGAUGAGGUUAGGGCUGUUAUUGUGAAUUGCCUAAAGAGCCCUCCUCUAUUGCUUCAAGCACUUACUGCAUACACAUAUCGGAUCAAAAGUCUAAUUUCUAGAGAAAUAGAGAAGAUUGAUGUGAGAGCGGAUGCAGAGACCUUGAGGUACAAAUAUGAAAAUAACAUUGUCAUGGAUGUUUCCUCUCCUGAUGGGAGCUCUCCAUUACAGUAUCAACUUGGCGGGAAUGAAAAAAUUGGAGUUGAUGUACCUUCAGGAGGAAGUCAAAAUCAACUUCUUGAGAGACAGAAAGCUCAUGUUCAGCAAUUUUUGGCUACUGAAGAUGCGCUGAAUAAGGCUGCUGAAGCUGGGGACUUAUGUCAAAAGCUCAUAAAACGUCUUCAUGGAGGCAGUUCAGUUGGUAUUGGAAGCACCUCGCAGAACAUUGGCAGUCUUCGGCAAUUUGAGUUGGAUGUAUGGGUGAAGGAAAGAGAAGUGGCUGGUUUGAAAGCUAGCUUAAAUACCCUGAUGUCUGAAGUACAACGCUUGAAUAAAUUGUGUGCUGAGAGGAAAGAAGCUGAAGAUUCUCUUAAAAAAAAGUGGAAAAAGAUUGAAGAAUUUGAUGCUCGUCGAUCAGAACUUGAGACAAUAUACACAGCACUGCUAAAGGCCAAUACGGAUGCUGCUUCAUUUUGGAGUCAGCAGCCAUUAGCAGCAAGGGAGUAUGCAUCAAGCACUAUAAUUCCAGCAUGUGCUGUUGUCGUUGAGAUUUCAAAUAAUGCAAAGGAUCUUAUUGAGAAAGAAGUCUCUGCUUUUUAUCGGAGUCCAGAUAAUAGCCUUUACAUGCUUCCUUCUUCGCCACAGGCACUCCUAGAGGCCAUGGGCACCAGUGGCGCUGGUGGACAGGAAGCAGUUGCAAAUGCUGAGAUGAAUGCAGCUAUUUUGACAACAAGAGCUGGUGCUCGGGAUCCUUCUGCAAUUCCAUCAAUCUGUCGUGUAUCAGCUGCCCUCCAGUAUCCUGCUGGGGGUUCAGAUGCUGGUCUAGCAUCAGUGCUGGAGUCCUUGGAGUUUUGUUUAAAACUUCGAAGUUCAGAAGCUAGCGUGUUGGAAGACUUGUUAAAGGCUAUUAAUCUUGUCCAUAUCCGGCAGGAUUUGAUAGAAAGUGGUCAUGCACUAUUAAACCAUGCUUAUCGAGUUCAGCAGGAAUAUGAAAGGACAACAAGUUUUUCUUUGAGUUUGGCUGCUGAACAGGAGAAAACUGUUGUGGAUAAAUGGUUGCCUGAACUUAAGGCUGCAGUCCUGAGUGCUCAGAAAAGCUUGGAAGAAUGCAAAUAUGUCUGGGGUUUGCUUGAUGAGUGGUGGGAGCAACCAGCAUCAACUGUGGUUGACUGGGUCCUGGUUGAUGGGCAAAACGUAGCUGCCUGGCACAAUCAUGUGAAGCAACUUCUUGCAUUUUAUGACAAGGAGCUAUUGUGAGUUAGACUUAUCUGUACCUUCACUUAAAAAAGCCUCUCCUCGGGUCACAUUCUUGAUGCAUCUCCCACUUGAGUAAACGAUCAUUAAGGCAGUGUGAUAUUGGCUGAAAAUAUCCUAUUUCGGUUUUUCAAAAAAAAAAAAAAAAGGAAAAUGAAAGGGGAAAGUGGUUGUUGUAGUUCUGACGGUAGCUGCAUUGGGGGGGAAAAAUCCUUUUUUACCUUAAUGAUUAGAUUUGUACAGUUAUUGUUGUUAUUAUUAUUAUUUGUUUUCUUUACAAGCAUUUUGUUUAUAUUACGUCAUUUUAUUAGAUGUUAGUGUUAGGUUUUGGACUGGGUUGUUUUCGUUUUCAGUGGAUGUCACUAAUGUCCAAAAAGGCAAGUUCGUCUGUGGCUGUAGAGCUUGUUUGUAUUAUUGAUUGCUUGGUUGCUAAAAUCAUGUUUCAUUUUACUGACUGUUGUUUCUGUGUAACUUUAUGAUCAUGAGAUGACUAUUUGUAACUGUUUACCUUCUCAAUAGGUUCCUUACAUUAAUAUAGUCAGUUUUCACUGA